UGAGUCGGUUCCAAGAUGGCGGCGGCGGCGGGGUCCGGCUGGGGGCCGGAGGCGGACGAGUUCGAGGACGCCCCCGAUGUGGAACCGCUAGAGCCGACGCUGAGUAACAUCAUCGAGCAGCGGAGCCUCAAGUGGAUCUUCGUGGGGGGGAAGGGAGGAGUGGGCAAAACCACCUGCAGCUGCAGCCUGGCCGUGCAGCUGUCGAAGGUGCGUGAGAGCGUCCUCAUCAUCUCCACCGACCCAGCCCACAACAUCUCCGAUGCCUUCGACCAGAAAUUCUCCAAGGUCCCCACAAAAGUCAAGGGCUAUGACAACCUGUUUGCAAUGGAGAUUGACCCCAGCCUGGGGGUGGCUGAGCUCCCGGAUGAGUUCUUUGAGGAGGACAACAUGCUGAGCAUGGGGAAGAAGAUGAUGCAGGAGGCCAUGAGCGCCUUCCCCGGCAUCGAUGAGGCCAUGAGCUAUGCGGAGGUGAUGAGGCUGGUGAAGGGGAUGAAUUUCUCCGUGGUGGUGUUCGACACAGCCCCCACUGGGCACACGCUGCGACUGCUCAACUUCCCCACUAUCGUGGAGCGGGGCCUGGGCCGCCUGAUGCAGAUUAAGAACCAGAUCAGCCCCUUCAUAUCUCAGAUGUGUAACAUGCUUGGCCUGGGGGACAUGAAUGCCGACCAGCUGGCCUCCAAGCUGGAGGAGACCCUCCCCGUCAUUCGGUCAGUGAGCGAGCAAUUCAAAGACCCGGAGCAGACCACCUUCAUCUGCGUCUGCAUCGCUGAGUUCCUGUCGCUCUACGAGACGGAACGGCUCAUCCAGGAGCUGGCCAAGUGCAAGAUCGACACCCACAACAUCAUCGUCAACCAGCUGGUGUUCCCGGACCCCGAGAAGCCCUGCAAGAUGUGCGAGGCCCGGCACAAGAUCCAGUCCAAAUAUCUCGACCAGAUGGAGGACCUGUACGAAGACUUCCACAUCGUCAAGCUGCCGCUGCUGCCCCACGAGGUGCGAGGAGCCGACAAAGUCAACACCUUCUCCAGCCUCCUCCUGGAGCCCUACAAGCCGCCCAGCGCCAAAUAGGGACGCGCGGCCGCUGCUCCGGGCUGGAUCAUUCCACUUUGUCAGUUACACACCCAGACCCCGCCUGCCCCCCACCCCGCAGCGCACA